AGUACCAAGCGUCAAGUGUUCGAUUCUUCGAUAGUUUGCAAGUGGUAAAAAAUUAAAACAAUAUGAAGUCCGUCAGUUUCGGUAGCUUUGUGGCAGUGUGCACGUUCUUUGGUGCUCUUCUUUCCCUGGCAAAUAGUGUGUCCGCCCUUCAAUGUUACCAAUGUGCCAGUGGAGACAGUUGGAGUAAUUGUAUGUCGAGUGCUGUAACGGUGGAAUGUAGCAGCGCCAGUCAGGUAUCGGUGAUGGGCCGGAAUGUCUUUCUACCCGCGGAGGCACGCCAAAUUGAGCCGGCCUGUGUAUCGGUGUACGCCAAGGGUACGAUAGGUGGUGUUACCGGAUACGCUUACGUCCGGGAUUGCCUGUUCAACGACAAGGCUCUGUGCAGCUUGAUUCAGGAUACACUACCGUCCCAAAUCAAAAUUGUUGAUUGCGAUCUCUGCACGACGGACCUGUGUAAUGGUGCGGGCAGCAUCAGUGUAACCCUUUCCAGUGUAGUGCUGUUGGCCGUCGCAGUAUUGUUGUGGAAGUGAAAUUAACACCUAGUUCGAGGGAAAACGAACGGCUCGGUUAGCUAAUUUAUUACACCAACGAUGUUCGCACUUAAAAAGCAAUAAAUUAA